AUGCCUGCAGUGGGAAUGAGAAAAAUCACGAGGGUGCUUGGAGCGAGGGUCUUGCGGUCAGGAAGGAGGCUGUGCACUGAACCACGUCUUAGUGGGAAGUACCUGAGAGCGGCCAACAAGGAGAAUGAGCGGAUUGAGCUUCCGAACAAUUCUAUGAAUUUUGGAGUGGACCAGCGUAAACGUUGCAAGAGGGCAUGGCAUGAAAUUGAAAAUGAAAAUGAAAAUGAUUCUCCGUUGGAUAUAAUUGUGGAACCUAAGACAGAAGAAUGUGCGCCACAGGUAAAAAUUGCUGACAGGAUGUUUGGAAUUGUAUAUAAGAGAAAAAUGAGAAAGAUUGUGUUGAGUAGUUCCAACAUUUCAGAGGAUAAGAUGUUUGGGCAGCAGUUCGUACGGAAAAGCUCGAGGAAAAAAUAUAGAGUUACUGAUCGGUCUGAAACACGUGGAGAAUUCCACAAUAAUUCUGGAAAGUGUUCAGAACUUGCUAUUAUUGCAAAUGAGUGUUCUUAUGAUAAUGGUUAUUGGAUUUCAUACUUCCUGAAUUCCGUAUUCAAGUACAUGAGGAGGUUUAGGAUUGAAUUGUGGCGUCUUUCUGCAUUCUUACUAUCGGAACCAAUAUGUAAUGCUUUUUCUUCACAUGGCAUUCGAUUUCUGCAGGAUUCUAUUUCCAUCAAGAAUCCUGGUUUUUGCAUACUUUCAGGAUCAAGGUCUUCAAUACCUGUGUUUUCUGUGGAUUUUUCUGCAGUUCCAUCUUGCUUUAUGCAUUUGCAUUCAAGUAUGUACCUUCAACCUGUAAAACUGGCUUGUGUACUUGGUACAAAUUCACAGCGUGUGACCAAGCAUGUUGAGAAAGUCAUACAGGAGGAACCCUCAUCUCAAGUUCCUUCCAGGAUAGAUGGAUCCGAAGGCAUCAUGGUUGCAUCUUGGAUUGAUGGUUCGGAGGCAAGAGAGUUGUCACAAUCAUCCAUUAGAUUUUCUAAAUCCGCUCUUCGAAAUAUGCACCUAAGAAAUGGCUCCAAUAUCAAGAAAGCGAGAACCUCCCUAAAGCGCAAGAGAGGUAGACCGCCUUCAGUACUACGUGUCCAAAAAGCCAGUCGAGCUUUAGCUUCUGAUUUUUUAAGAUUUAGAGAUGACAUCCGAUCCUCCUCUGCAGCAUCCAGUAACCUAAUUAUGAGUUAUGCGAAAAAGACUCAGGACUUAGGUGCUAAUAGCUGUUCUGCUAACAUAUUAAUUACUGAAAUGGACAAGUGCCAUAGGGAAGAAGGAGCUACCAUCACAUUAGAGGUAUCUCCAUCAGGACAAUGGGUUCUUGCAGUUAUGAGAGAUGGGAUUUACCGUUAUAGCAUUGCAGCAAAAAAUGUUUUGAGGCCAUGUGGUUGUAACCGUUUCACACAUUCUAUAAUAUGGACAGGUGAUGGUGGUUGGAAGCUUGAAUUUCCUAACAAACUAGACUGGGCGAUUUUCAGGGAACUUUACAAGAAAUGUGCCGAGCGCAAUGUACAGGUCCAUGCGACUAGUAUUCUUCCCAUUCCUGGGGUACGUGAAUUAUCAUACCCUGUAGAUAGCAACAUCAGACCGUUCGAUAGACCUGAUUCAUACAUUACUGUUAAAGACGAUGAGUUAACGAGGGCUUUGGCGAAGAGGACUGCCAAUUAUGACAUGGACUCUGAUGAUGAGGAAUGGCUGAACAAGUUCAAUAAUAAGUUCUAUGCAGAAAAGAAGCUUCGUGAAGUUGUCAAACCUGAGAGUUUUGAGAUGAUAAUUGAUGCCCUUGAAAAAGGUUUUCAUUAUAAUUCAGGCAAUUAUGCUGAUGACAUAGCAGCAGAUAUUUUUUGCAUAGAUCUGGAAAGAAAGGAAAUUGUAGAGGCAAUUCGUAGUUAUUGGAUUGAAAAGCGAGGACAGAAUCAUUCGUCACUAUUAAGGGUUUUCCAGUUUUACCAGCCUAGAAGAAUGCAAGUGAUCCCAAGGUCUGUUUUGCGAAAGAAAAGAUCGUUCAAACGACCGGGAAGACAGGCUGGGAGAGGCAAACGACGAACUUUGUUGCAAGAAAUGAUUGCCGAAAGAGACUCUCUUACAGCAAUGGCUGCUGAACGAGAUGCGUUGGAACAACAUAAUAUCUUACUUAAAAAGCAAGAAGCUAAAUCAGAAGCUGACACAUCUGAAGUAUUGGCUAUUCUUAAGCGUCAACAUGCUCAGUUGCUAGCGGAAAAUGCUGAUAUGGCAACUUACAGAGCCAUGAUGGCUGUGAGAAUUGCCGAAGCUGCAAAAUUUACCAGUGCUAAGAGUAAUGGUACAUCAUCUUUCUUGUAG